AUUGAGAUGUCGUCUCAUGCCGAUGAGAAUUUGAGAUUUGAGAACUACGGGGGCAAAUUUGAGACAAUUUGAGACUCGCUUUAUUUCUCCACUCCGCAAAACGUAGAACUGGUCCACUUCACGUGUCGGCACUUCGGCAGCCACAUCGUUCUCGUGACAACAAAUUUUGGUCUCUGCUGCAGGUACAGGUGCUCAUCACUCAGAUUUCCAUGUCGGAAGAAGCAGCUAGUCGCUCUCUUUAACCAAGAAAAACAAAGUGUCUGAUUACAAAUUAAUACAAAUAGGGGAACACAGGAAUGACUGGGAAAGGUGUCAAAAUGGAAUUUAGAACGUUGUCAGUAUCUCUGCCAAGGUUGGUCGUCGUUACUCCUCCACCUCCGAUGUCUGCGCCAAACCUUAUCAAGCAUGAGGACGAGUCCAACGACGCGGUUGUUCGUAUUCCUGGACCCGAUCUCGUCGCUUCUGGAGGACGAAGACGGCGACAAGAUGUCGAAAUCGUGUCGAAAUCUGCAAACAAUCCAGUCCAGCCAAGGUCAACUACUUCCUCCGCCGCCGCCGCCGCCGUCAACGUCUCCAACGCCCCGGCAAAUGUCCGAACUUCUUGUGCUCCUCCACCCGAAAAACUACCACGAUUCCAACCCGAAACUAAAGUCUUGAAUGUUGAUGAAUUUGUUUCCUAUUUCGAAGCUUUGAUAAGCCCUGAUGGACUUGUCGGUAAUGGGAAGCCUUAUAAAUUCAGCAGCAGGAAGGAAAUUGAGGUCAUUUUAGAGUCGAUGAUUCUCUUUGUUUCUAAAAAUGAUGGGAACGAGGGUUUGAAAUUAUUCGGCGAUGAUAAUUUUGACACGUGGAAAACCCUGAGUUACAAGUCCACUUUCUUUACAUCCCUGCACAAAAGUUCAGGUGCUCGAUAUAAUUUAGCCGCAAAAUAUGCGAGAUACUGCGUAAUUUCAAAAGUUUGCCCGAUUUUUCCAAAAUUCCUUAAAUGCCUGUCAUUCUUUGUGUAUUAUUUGUACCAGGCAAAAGGAGAGGACUUGAAGAAAGUGAAAGGUCAAGAUUUCGUGGUGGGAAAAAUUCUGGAAAAUGUUACUGCUUUUGAAGAAGAUGUAUUUCCUGGUCAAAAUAAUUUGUACAAGUUGAAGCUAGAUUUUCAAAAAUUGUCAAUUUCUCCAGAAAUCUUCCCACUGGGGGAGGGUCCUGAAGGGAAAAUUUUCCCUGGGAACAGUAGUCAGACACGUUCGAUGGAGGUGGGUGGAGUAGAUCCCAUUCUCCCGUUAGUUUACGAUUUUACUGCCGAUUUACGAAAGACGGCCGACGAUUAUUCCACCUCGUUGAAAAAGCUGGCUCGAAACGUGGAGGAAUGUCACGAAUUACAGACAAAACUUGAAAAGAAGGUUCUUGAAAGUAAAAGUGAGCAUGCAAAAUCCUCCGCUCUUAGGGUAGAUUUGGUCCGAAAGGCACAUUUUCAAGGGACACGCGAUUUAGGGAAUGCUUAUCAAUCGGAAAACGUAAAAGUUGUGAAAUUUCUGACUCUUUGUGAAAAGGAGCCGGAAAUUUAUGACGAAAUAAUUGACAAGGUUAACAACGUUCUUGAACCUCCUCCGAAGAGGACAAGUUAAACCUGUCUGUCUUUGUUUAGAAGAAAUUAAUUAAUUAUGGCUAAUUAAUUGCUAUACCUUAAUAUUUACAUUUUCUUGAUUGUUAAACAGUCGAUAUUUUUUAAAGUACCAUUUUGUAUAAUUUAUUACAAUUAGUUCCAUCGCCCAUAAUUUUGUAGAAUUUGUAAAAUUUUAACUGACUGAUGAUUUCAUUGGAUUAAUUAUUAAUUAUGUAGUUAAAUAUUUAGUUAUACGACGUUAUUGUAAAGCGCUGGGCGUUUAAUUUUUUAAAUACUGAUAUGGUUGUAAAUAUGAAAUGAAACAUGUAUUUUUUGAUGUAUUAUUUAUUAUUCAAAGCGUGCUCUAUAAUAAAUAUAAAGAUGUGUUUAUCAUGA